AUGGGCAACAAGACAGCCGAGCUCCUCGCGAACCACAAGUCCGGACAGUCCAACAAACCCAUCUCCAAACCCGCCCAUGCCUUGACUUUCAAGGAAGUUCUUGAAGAACUGGGCGUCAGUGGCCUCAAUGGUCUGUCCGAGGCUGAGGCUUCCAAAAAGCUCGAGGAAUUUGGCAAGAAUGAGCUCGACAAUGGCCCCGGGGUCAACCCGGCCAAAAUUCUUGUCCGCCAGAUUGCCAACGCCAUGAUGUUGGUUCUAAUCUUGGCUAUGGGUGUCUCCUUUGGUAUCGGCAGUUAUAUCGAAGGUGGUGUCGUCACUGGCAUCAUCAUCCUCAACAUCAUCAUCGGUUUCAUGCAGGAAUACUCUGCCGAGAAGACCAUGGACUCCCUCCGAUCUCUGUCCUCCCCAACGUCGACCGUCAUUCGCAAUGGUGAAUCCAUGGUCAUUCCCACUAUUCACGUCGUUCCUGGUGAUAUGGUUGAAUUGAAGACUGGCGACAGUAUUCCGGCAGAUAUCCGUCUCAUGGAAGUCAUGAACUUUGAGACCGACGAAGCUCUUCUCACCGGAGAGUCGCUUCCUGUCACCAAAGAUGCCGAGGCUGUUUUCGAUGUUGAAACUGGUCCUGGUGAUCGUUUGAAUGUUGCUUACUCUUCCAGCAAUGUCACCAAGGGCCGAGCCCGUGGUAUCGUCUUCGCAACUGGUAUGUUUACGGAAAUUGGUAGCAUUGCUGCAGAGCUGCGCAAGACCAACUCCAAGGUCCGUGAGCCCAAGCGAACGCCCGAAGGAAAGGUCAAACCCCAUCGUCAAGCCCAGGCCUGGAGUUUGACUGCUGGUGACUUUAUUGGAGCCUUCCUUGGUGUCAACGUUGGUACCCCUCUACAACGAAAGCUGUCCCAGCUCGCCAUUGGUCUCUUCGGUAUUGCUGUCGUGUUCGCCAUUAUUGUGCUUGCAGCCAACGACUUCUCCAACAACCGUGAAGUCAUCAUCUACGCCGUUGCCACUGGUCUCUCUAUGAUUCCCGCUUCCCUUAUUGUCGUCCUCACCAUUACCAUGGCUGCUGGCACUAAACGUAUGGUCGAACGUCACGUCAUUGUGCGAAAGCUCAAUGCAUUGGAAGCCCUUGGUGCUGUGACCGAUAUUUGCUCUGAUAAGACCGGUACUCUCACCCAAGGUCGAAUGGUGGUCAAGAAGGCGUGGAUCCCAUCUAAGGGCACCUACUCCGUCGGCGAAAGCAAUGACCCCUUCGAUCCCACCAAGGGAGAUCUUAGCCACACCAUUGUCCCGCCGAAGGACGAAGACAGUGCCAGUGACUACGAGCUUGCUCCUGAUGAAGAUGACGCCAAACCAUUUGAGCAACUGCUUGAGAACAACGUCCCCCUGGAAGAGUUUUUGAAAGUCGCUUCCCUCGCCAACUUGGCUACCGUGUACAAAUCCACCGAAGGCGAAGGCUGGACAGCCCGAGGUGAUCCCACCGAGAUUGCCAUCCAGGUCUUUGCAUCGCGAUUUGACUGGAACAGACGCAAACUUACCGAAGGCGAUAAUCCCACAUGGCAUCUGAUUACUGAGUAUCCCUUCUCGAGCGAUGUCAAGAAGAUGUCUGUCAUCUUUGAACAAAAGGGCUCGGAAAAAAUCGUCUCCAUGACCAAGGGUGCCGUGGAAAGAGUUAUCGAGAGCUGCAUCAACAUCGACAUGGACGGUAACAAUGAAUUCGUUGAGUUGACCUCGGAAAUCAAAGAUGACAUCCUCGCCAACAUGGAAAGCCUUGCCUCCCAAGGUCUCCGAGUCCUCGCCCUCGCCUCCAAAUUCUACGAUGGUCCCACGGACAGCAGUGCCCGUGAAAAGGUCGAAUCCGAAUUGACAUUCCGUGGUUUGGUUGGUCUUUACGAUCCUCCUCGUCCUGAAUCCAAAGGUGCCGUCAAGAAAUGCCACCGUGCCGGUGUCGGCGUCCACAUGCUUACUGGUGAUCACCCUGGAACUGCUCUCGCCAUUGCCCGACAGAUUGGAAUCGUUCCUGACAAGUUGGCAAGCGUCAGUAAGGAAAUGUCUGAUGCUAUGGUUACCACUGCUGCCCAGUUCGAUCGUCUUUCUGAUGAAGAGAUCGAUGCUCUUCCGGUUUUGCCACUUGUUAUUGCUCGAUGCGCACCUCAAACUAAAGUACGCAUGAUCGACGCUUUGCACCGACGAGAAAUGUACGCUGCCAUGACUGGUGAUGGUGUUAACGAUUCUCCGUCACUUAAACGUGCCGAUGUCGGUAUUGCUAUGGGUCAAGGCGGAUCUGAUGUGGCCAAGGACGCUUCCGACAUUAUCUUGACUGAUGAUAACUUUGCCAGUAUCCUCAACGCCGUUGAAGAGGGUCGCCGAAUCUUCGACAAUAUUCAAAAGUUCGUGCUGCAUUUGCUAUCUCAGAACAUUGCCCAGGCUUGUACUUUAUUGAUCGGUCUGGCCUUCAAGGACACCACUGGUGUCUCGGUCUUCCCCCUCUCCCCUGUUGAAAUCAUGUGGGUUAUCAUGGUCACAUCAGGUCUUCCCGAUAUGGGUCUUGGUCUCGAAGCCGCCGUGGCCGAUAUUCUUCAACGUCCACCACAGAACCUUAAGCGUGGUAUUUUCACCAACGAACUCAUCAUCGACAUGCUCGUGUAUGGCUUCUGGAUGGCCGCACUCUGUCUUUCCUCCUUCACCAUUGUCAUGUUUGCAUUCGGCGACGGCAACCUCGGACAGGGCACUUGUAAUGACAGCUACAGCGAAGAGUGCGACCUGGUAUUCCGUGCUCGUGCGACCACUUUCGUUUCCAUGACCUGGUUCUCUCUCUUCCUUGCCUGGGAGUUGCUCAACUUCCGACGCAGCUUCUUCCGCAUGCAACCCAAGAGCAAGCUCUACUUCACCCAAUGGAUCCACGACGUCUGGAGAAACAAGUUCUUGUUCUACUCUGUCAUGUUUGGGUUCGUGUCCAUCUUCGUCAUCCUGUACGUACCUGUCAUCAACCAUGAUGUGUUCAAGCACACCGGUAUCUCAUGGGAGUGGAUUGUGGUGUUUAUCCAAGCCAUUCUAUUCUUCGGCGGUAUCGAAGCCUGGAAAUGGGGCAAGAGAAUCUAUUUCCGACAACAACUGAAGAAGGCUGGUGGUGGACGAGCCCGCCGUCUGUCCAGUGUUGUCUUUGAUGGCUAUGCCGGCAUCAACCCGGGCCAAGUGGACGAUGAUACCCACAGCGAGAUCAGCGAUGCCAGCGAGAAAGUGUAAAGAUAUC